GGCCGCGCCGGCGCGCAGGGCGUCCCGGCUCCUGAGCAUAAACAAGAGCGGGCACGGGAUGAGGCGGCGGUUGAUCCCCGGGCAGCCAGCUGCGGCCAGCGAGGCGGCGAGCGGGGCCAGGCGCCGACCCUGAGCGCACCCGACUCGCCCUCCCGCGCGCGAGCCCUCGGCCGGGGCCACCCUCCCGCCCGCCCGCCGCGCGCCCACCAUGAACCUGGCGAGUCAGAGCGGCGAGGCCGGCGCCGGCCAGCUGCUCUUCGCCAACUUCAACCAGGACAACACGUCCCUAGCUGUUGGUAGUAAGUCCGGUUAUAAAUUUUUCUCCCUUUCUUCUGUGGAUAAGCUGGAACAGAUCUAUGAAUGCACUGACACCGAAGAUGUGUGCAUCGUAGAAAGAUUGUUCUCCAGCAGCCUGGUGGCCAUCGUUAGCCUCAAAGCCCCGAGGAAGCUGAAAGUUUGCCACUUCAAGAAAGGCACCGAGAUCUGCAACUACAGCUACUCGAACACCAUACUGGCCGUGAAACUCAACAGGCAGCGGCUGAUAGUGUGCCUGGAGGAAUCUCUCUACAUACACAACAUCCGGGACAUGAAGGUACUGCACACAAUCAGGGAGACCCCUCCGAACCCUGCAGGCCUGUGUGCGUUGUCGAUAAACAACGACAACUGUUACUUGGCGUACCCGGGCAGUGCGACCAUCGGAGAGGUGCAGGUCUUCGACACCAUCAACUUGAGAGCUGCGAACAUGAUCCCGGCUCACGACAGUCCUUUGGCGGCGCUGGCAUUCGACGCCAGUGGAACCAAGCUGGCCACCGCCUCGGAGAAGGGGACCGUGAUUAGGGUGUUUUCCAUUCCAGAGGGACAGAAACUCUUUGAGUUCCGGAGAGGAGUUAAGAGGUAAGAUACAGAAGUCCUAGAACUGGUUUUGGAGUUGACAUUUGGAUUUCGGGUGUGUGUUCUCUGGAUUGAGUGGAAACUUAAAGCAGCCCUGAGAGCCCCAUUUCAAUGCACAAGUGUUUCUCAACCCAGCCAGACGGUCAGAGGGGACUUGGGAGUCGUCCUGACGGGUAAAGGAGCACGUUUAUAACGUCAGCUGGCUUUCUUCUGUCUGCCACCCCCCCAGAACGGAGGGCAAUGGCCAGGCAGCCCAAGAAUGAGGAGGAAGCGGCCUGACUGGGCCCCCUGGAGCCAUGUGGCUUCCUCGGCCUGCUCUGAGGUGGCAGGCCCGUGAGUUCCCGACCUGCUCAUCACGCUCCUGUCCUGCUCCUCUACUCAGAAAACCCCUCAGCGUUUGGUGCUCCCUCCACUAAUCUCCCCGUCCGUCUGCAUACCUUGCCGGGUCUGUACUUGGCACCCCCUGGGUCCUCUUCCACAGGACUGGCUCUAGGGCUCUGGUCCCUGUCCUGAAGGGGCCACCGAUAGUGCCCACCCCAGGGUGGGAACUGGGCCGGGAGGUUUUCCAGAACCUGCAGCUGUUGGCCACCCCCACUUCUGGGAACCUUGCAUUGUGUAUCAGCACUCCCUCUCAUCCCUGGGGUCCCUCCCAGAGACGGCACACGCGUGCUUUAGGGUCCCGUCUCCAAAGCCAGAUGCCUCAGUCCCUCCCCAUUACUGCUUCCUAGGUUUCUUGCCUUUUUUCUCCUGGUUUUCCUUACAUUCACCUUUCUCGAUUUCUCUACUGCUGCUGCUUCUCCAUUUCCUCUCCCUGUGUCUCACUUCUGCCCUGGAGCCUCUCCUCCUGUGCUGUGCGGCCCCGCAGGUUCCCACAGGCUCCUAAACCGGGUUGUCUGUGUGCUGGUGGGUCCACCUGUGUGUGUGGCCCAGGCUGCUCUCCUGACACGCACCUGUAUUUCUCCUGCCUGCUGGAUGCUGGGCCCCCCGGUGACCCACCAGAAGGUGCCCCCCAUCUGCCCUUCAUCGCUUACGUGCCUGACCUUGGUGAACACCGCCAUCAUCGACCUGGUGCCUGGGUCGGAGGGGCUCCACACUGGCUCCUUUCUCCCAUUCAGUCAGGUGGCAGGGGCGUCGGCACCCUGGGUCAGUCCCACCAACCCCCUGUCCCUUCCGCCCCUGCCCUCCCGGUUCGAAUCACCGCCGUCUGACCUCUUGUGUGCCUCGGUCUCCGUCGUCGGCCCCUUCGGUCCAUUCUUCAGACCGUG